CGCGUCAACUGACAGGGGGGCAGGGGAUGGGGGGAGUCCAAAAUAAAACGAGCUGCCGGUGGCCCCCGGUGGGACAGAGGUGAACGCAUACGUCUGGAGCUGGUCUCCAACACUGGGUGGGGUUUUUCUGCUGCUCUGUCGGCUGGUUCUAUUGCCCUGCAGGCCAGGGAUUUUAUCAGGCCACACUGUGGGAUUCUAUCAGCUGAGCUUUCUCUGCUUCUGACGCUAAUCUACAAGGAUUCGCUGCUGGCAGCUCGCUGGUAACCAGGGCAGGACUACCUGAAGACGCAGGGAAGGACCAGGGGAGCGGCGCUCUCUCAGAACCUGACCAGAUCUCACCACUGAAGGACCGCAUGGCCAUGUACCAGGCAGCUGUCUCCAAACAGGACACCUCCAGCUACUCCACUGGGGUCAUGGAGGAGUCAGAGGUCUGCUCUCUGCCUGGGGGUUUCGCCGGCGUAAGGAAACAGUUUGAGGAAAUUGCAACGGCACAAAGCUCUGUCGCCCAGUUCCACUACCAGCAGAGAACUAUGCAGGAGAUGUCACACUCAUCAGAGAUGACAGUGAAGAGUAACACUAGAGAAAGUGUCCCGCCCCUCCAGCAGUCUCAGAUGCACCAUCAUGAAAAGACCGUAUUUAAUCAAGCUGUUGACCAGCACAUGACCUCCAACUCUGAAAACCAUGUUGAUGGAAAUGCAGGGGAAGUUGAUGAAGAUGAUUUAUCCAGACUCUCUGCCAAAGCACUGGCCCAACAUUUCGAAAAAACCAUUGAGGGGGCUACUCCCAGAAAGCAAGUUAAGAUUGAUCGUGGUGUCAGCAAGUUUAACUGGUUCCCAGAGGUUAACGUGUGCCAUCACACUGCAGACUCUGAAACUGACGCCCCAGCGUAUGACACCCAAAAGGCACAGGAGGAGGCCUCUGCCUGUGCCAUCGACGUUGACGACUUGGACUACCUCCCUCCCCCACCACCCGACUUACUAGAGGACCCCGACUUACUAGAAGAGCCCGUGGACAUCCCUGAGUACCUCCCUGAGUACCUCCCCGAGUACCUCCCCGAGCCUCCUGAGCUUCCAAACUCAACUGCUCACCAGUGUGCAGUGCACAAGAGCCACCAGGCUAAACAGAGAGAGCUGCUGGAGCUCAAGCGCCUCUGUAAGCACAUCCACCCAGAGGUCAGGAAGAGCCUGGAGAGAGAGAUCUACGAGGAGGAGAUCCAGUGCCCCCACCAACACCACCACCACCACCACCACCACCACAUGCUGGCUGACCAGGACGAAGACGACGAGCAGCAGUACAUGUAUGAAAACAGUGGCAGCAGUCCCAACGGGAGCCCAGAGAGGGAGUACCUUGAGUGGGAUGAGCUUCUCAGAGGUGAGGUGCAGUCCAUGCGCUGGAGGUUUGAAAACAAGCCCCUGGAUGCCAUAAAGGAUGAAUCCUCCGAUACCGAGGACGACAAAAUACUCACCCAACAAGAAAUCAUUGCUCGAGGCGAUGUGAGACAAACAGCCUGGAUGUUUGAGACUCAGCCCAUGGAUGCUCUGGGUUCAGCUGAUCAGAGAAAUUCAUCUGAUAAAGUACACAGAGGAGAUGUGCGCGCAGCGGCCCGGCUAUUUGAAAACAAGCCCCUUGACAGCCUCAAUCGCAUGCAUGGCAGUGAGGAGGAGCAAGCCAAAGAGGUGGCCUUCACGGAAGAAGUAGUGAAGGGUGAUGUCAAAUCUGUAAAACAUAUGUUUGAAAACCAGCACGGGGAUACAUACGGUUUCACUGAGACUAUUGAUGAAGCCCAUCUUUUGAUUCUUAAGUCAAAACGUGAGGAAAUCCAAUGGGAGGUGAAAACAACCAUCUGGAUGUUUGAGACCCUGUGCAUGUGUGUGCUCAGGGAGCACUCUGGUGAGAUAGUCGAGAUCACCUCUGUUCGCCGUGAAGAGACAGAGAAGGGAGACGUCAAGACCUCAAGGUGGUUUUUUGAAACUCAGCCACUGGAUAAGAUCAAUAAAGAUCUUUCCUUUGUUAGACUCGUGUCCGGCGUUUUCAAGGAGGAUUACCCUCAGGACGACAUCACCGGGUGCAGAUGGCUGUUCGAGACCAAGACUCUGGAUGCCAUGAAUGAUGAGUGGGAAAGUUCCAAAUUCCAGAAGGAAGAGAUUCUUGGAGCUGAUGUACGCAAGCACUGCAUGGUUUUUGAGACACAGCCUAUGGACACCCUAAAAGACAACUCCAAUGCCAGACCAGUGACCACAGAGGAGGUAGUUAGAGGUAAUGUGAGAUCUGCCAGACACUUUUUUGAAGCAGCACCUCAAGACUACUUAAAGGAUCUUUCUGAGGUAGGAAAGCUUAAAAAGGCAAUGCAAUCUGAGGAGGAGAAAGGUGAUGUCAGACACCAGAGAUGGAUGUUUGAAAAUCAGCCGAUUGAACACAUCAGAGACGAAAAGAAAGAGGUGGUUCGCACAGUUAACCUGGAGGAAUUACACUCAGAAUCUGGCUUUAAAGGGGAUGUUCGCAAAAACUGUUAUGUAUUUGAAACUCAGCCAAUGGAUACACUAAAAGAUGAUUCAAAUGAGAGGCCACUGUCCGCCGAGGAAAUUGUUAGGGGUGAUGUACGAUCAGCCAGACACUUUUUUGAGACGGCUCCAGCAGAAGACUUGAAGGAACUUGCGGAUGUGGGCAAACUGAAAAAGAUGGUGGCGUCUGAGGAAGAGCGGGGUGAUGUAAGACACCAAAAGUGGAUGUUUGAGAGUCAACCUCUGGAGGAGAUCCGAGAUGAAAAGAAAGAACUCACACGAACAGUGAACCUAGAGCAUCUUGACAAGGGGGAUGUUGCAAAUUACAAGCAAAUGUUCGAAACCAUUGAUUUAAACAAAUAUGAUGAGACACAGAAGAUUCAAGUGGAGGGAGUAACCUGGGGUGCUGUGAAAUCAAAUAAGGAUCAUUUUGAAAGUAACCCCACAUAUGCAUUGCAGGACAGCUCAGGCCACUAUCAUGAAGUCAAAACAGUUCGUCGAGAGGAAGUAGUCAAAGGUGAUGUGAGAAGCUGCCAAUGGAUGUUUGAAACCCGCCCCAUUGACCAGUUUGACGAAAGUGUCACCAAGUUACAAAUUAUCAAGGGCAUAACACAAGAAGAAAUUGAAUCAGGUGAUGUUAAAACGGCUAAAUGGCUAUUUGAAACACAACCUCUUGAUGGUAUUAAAUAUUUCAGUAACAUCGAUGAUGAGGAAUGUGUCCCCAAAGAGUCUGAGGACAUCGUGAAGGGUGAUGUUAAAACCUGCAAGUGGCUGUUUGAGACGAAACCAAUGGAUGCUCUGUAUGAAAAGGAGGAGAUGAAGACUGACACUCAACAGGUGCACAAAGGAGAUGUUAAGACAUGUACAUGGCUUUUUGAAUCUCAAGCUCUUGAUACAAUCAAGGAGAAUUCAGAGACCAUCCUAAAGACCUGCACAGUGACGCAAGAAGACAUCCAGGGCAAAGAUGUGGGGAUGGCUCGCUUCCUAUUUGAGUCAGAGAAUCUUGAGGAUAUCACCGGAGAGGAGAACGAGGCUUUCAAGAGAGUAACUGAAAUUGACAUUCAGUCUGGAGAUGUGUCUCGUAUGAAGUACAUAUUUGAGAGUCAGUCAUAUGAUGUCAUGUCCUCAACCUCUGAGGAAGUCUUUCAGAAGCUCAAAGCCACACAGGCAGAGGACAUACAGAGAGGAAAUGUGGUGAACUGCAAGUGGAUGUUUGAAAACCAAUCCAUAGAUGCUAUAAACGAGAGUGAAGAUAAAGAAAACAGCCGCACUGUGAUGGAUGUCCAGGGAGGUAAUGUGGAUAAAGGGCGGUUCAUUUUUGAAACCUGCUCUUUGGACAAAAUUCAGGAGGUGUCCUCUGAGUCAGAGAUGUCUAAAUUACAGAGAAUUCUGUGCCAGGAAGAUGAGAAAGGGGAUGUUAAAAAUUAUGCCAUGAUGUUUGAAACACAGCCGUUAUACGCUAUCCAAGACCAAGAGGGACAUUACCAUGAGGUAACCACUCUCACCAAAGAGGAAGUUCUGAAGGGUGAUGUGGUUGGCGCCAGGUGGUUGUUUGAAACAAAGCCUCUUGAUUCAAUCAGAGACACAGAUGAGGUGUACGUCAUCAAAGCAGUUACUGAGGAAGAUGUCCAAAAAGGUGAUGUGAACUCAGUCAGGUAUAGGUUUGAAACACAACCACUUGAUACCAUCGCUGAAGACCUGAAAGAGAGGACAAAAACUGUAGAGGAUGUCCAAGGUGGAGAUGUGCAAUCAAACAAAAUGCAUUUUGAAUCUGAUCUGAUGUCCCAACAGCUGGUGCGAACAGUUAGCAUGAGUGAAAUCCACAAAGGCGAUGUCAGGAGUGCAACGUGGAUGUUUGAAACUCACACUAUUGAUAAAAUACAUGGUGAAACCUCGGAUGAUGAGUCUGAGGUUGUCAAAGAGGAAGAGGACAUUAAAGGAGAUGUGAAGCAGUCUCUGUGGCUAUUUGAAAAAAAUCCUUUCGAUCACAUCAAAGAGAUGACCGAGCCUACAGAGGCAGUGGUUCGUGAAUCCAUUCCAAAGGCUGACGUGAGAUCUGCCACAAGGCUUUUUGAAACAACCCCAAUCACUGAUUUCAAUGAGAAGAACUUGGAGAAAACUGAAAUCAUCGGUAAAAGCAUCAAAGACACCCUUAAUGAUCUGUACAGUCAUAGAAUGGUCGCAUCAAAAGGCAUACUACUUGAAACGGAUGACAUUGGUGAUGUCAGAAUGGCAAAGUACAACCUGAUGAAUAGAGACGCCCCUGAGAUCCAGAGGGAGGAGGUCAUCAGAGGAGAUCUCCAGAACAUCAUGAUGAACCUCCUGACGAGACACGACUCAGCAGAAAACCGCAUCAGGGUAGACACCGGUGAGAGGGCUGACAUUGACAGUACCGUCCAGCAGCUGUUUAGUCAAAAGAAUAUCAGCGUUGAAAAGGAAGAAAUAAUCAGGGGAGACAUACAAGAGGCCAUCAGCAACCUCCUGAAGGAAGAGAGCUCAGCUAAACGUGGCAUUCUGCUUCAGGAAGACGAGAUGGGAGAUGUCCACAUGACCAUAUAUUCACUUCUCAAUAAGCAGGAUGACACUACUGUUGAAAAAGAAGACAUCAUCAGAGGUGAUCUGCAAAGCACCUUACAGAGCCUAUAUAGCCAAGAUGAAGGGCAGAGGAUGAAAAUAGAAGUGGAUGCGACAGAAAAGGGCAACGUCCAUUUCUACUCAACCUGUAUUGAGUCAGGUGCAGUGGAUUACCUGAAACAACUUCAAGCAGAUCCAGAUGAAGACCUGUCAAACAGCGUGGAGAAAGAGGAAAUAGUCGCCGGCGAUGUCAAAAGUACAAAACGUAUACUGAUAAACAAUCAAAUGCAAAUUGAGCGCACAAUAGACAGGGAUGAAAUGGUUCGAGGAGAUGUUCACAGCGCUGUCAAAGUUUUCACCACAGAGCCUCAGCUCCUCUCCCUGCAGAAAGAGGAGAUAGUCAGAGGUGAUUUACAAGCUACAUUGCACUCCUUAACAGAGUCUGUAAACCAAAAAGUGAUGCUUGAAAAAGAGGAAGUAAUAAAAGGGGACAUCCCUGCAGCUCUCAGGUGCUUGGAGGAGGCCCAGUAUCAACCCAAAGAUGUGGAAAAGCCUGAAAUUGUACCAGGCAACAUCAAAGGAGCUCUUAAGUCGCUCGAGGAAUCAGCAACCAGCAAAGUUGAAAUUGUAAUUGAAGAUUUAGUGCCUGGAGACAUCAAAGGUGCUUUAAAAUCACUGGAGGAGGCAAAACAAGCAGUGAAAGGGUUGGAGAGGGAGGAGAUUGUUAAAGGGAACAUUCACAUGACCCUGCAGAGCUUGCAGGUGUCCUCUAAUGAGAGGAAAGUUUAUCAUCAAGAAAUUGGUGUCCAGGGAGACGUGAGGGGUGCUAUUCAACAGUUACUGGUGCAGCCGUCCUCACCUCAGCCACAGAGGAGGCCAAGCAUAGAAGGAGAUGUAAAGAUGUCCAUUAAAUCUCUGUAUGAAAUGCAAGAGCAGACACAGGGAGAGAAAGAGGAAGUCAUAAAAGGGGACGUUAAAGGCACAAUAAAAAAUCUGCUUGAAACCGCAGAGCGUGCAAGUGCUAAAAUCCAGAGAAAAGGGCCAACCAAAAAGGUUAAAAUUCCGAAAGCUCAGCUACACGCACACCACGACAUCUGCUGUGAGUGUGCCAUGGAGAAAAUCAAAUCAAAUCCUGGGGUGAAAAAUAUGAGGCCUAAAGGCACAAAUGAGUCAGAGAGAAAUGCACAGAUCACAACUACAAAAUCAACCACUGUCAACACAGUUGAGUCCGAGACUGAGCUCUCAAGUAACCAGAGUGAGACUGAGACUCUGUUGGAGCACAAGAAGAUCACACAGAAGCACGGCAUUAAAACACUGCGCACGGAGUUCAGAAACCUGAAGGCAAAUCAAAAAGGCAUGAUCAAGCUGGACAAAACCAAAGUUAAAACAGAAAUCAUACGCGUGCCUCUGCCUGAGCCGGAGCUCCCCCUCCCUCCCCCACCCCCACCCCUAGUGCUGCCAGAGUGUGAGCCAUGCCCCACCCCACCUCCUCCUCCUCCGUCUUUCCUCCAAGGCGAUUUUGACCUCCCUCCCCCUCCUACGCCUCCCCCUCCUCCUCUUUCUCCUCUUCCAGCCGAUUCUGCAAGACUCGAUCUGGACAUGUUACCACCACCACCUACUCCUCCACCCGCUAUGACGGAGCAGGACUUCCUACCUCCUCCUCCCUCUCAGCAGGAGCUUGAUGCUAUGCCAUCCCAGACCCCCAACACCUCUGUUAAGAAGGCAAAGAAGAUGACUGUCAAAAAGGUCAAAGCCCUUGAAUUGUGUAAAGUGCCAAAGCUCGAGCCGGUGGUGCCACUGCAACAGAAGCAGGAGUGUCACAUGUCACUAAAGUCUGUGUCACAUGUGACCUCGACAAGCGUCAAGACAGUGCAGGAAAUCAGUAAAACCGAAAGUCAGAAAAGCGAGACGGUAUCAGUCGAAACAACUAAGCCAGAAUCGCCUCUGCCAAAUGUGAAAGUUUCGACAGUGAAACUCACUCCACCUCCCUCACCAACUCCGAAAAGGAAAUCUAAAUCAAAUUCUUCCAAAUUUAAGACCCCCUUAAUUUUGUCUGAGCAAAAGUACAAAAAGGAAGAGGAGAAUCUGCCUCCCAGCGUCUCGUCGUUUGAAAUUCAAAUGCACGAGUCAGUCAGCGCUACUCUCGAAAUGCUUUCCACACAGACCAAAAGCACAGAGCAAUCAGAGAGGAGCGUAGCAUUUGAUUUCACUCAAGAGCAAGCUGAAAAGACUGUGACCAAAGCUGAAUCAGACACACCAUCGCAUGAAUCAUCCGAGCUCACGGAGCCAUCAGACGUUCCCUCAAGCAAGCCUUUGAUCUUUGACAUAAAUGAGAAAUCUCCUCCAAAAUCUGCCGUGAUUUCCUCAGCUAAACAGAACAUUAUCUCUAAUCAGACUUCUCUUGCUUCAUCAACGAUGCAACACAAAACUGUUUCUACUAAAAAGCACAAGACUAUUACCACCAAUAUGCAACAGGUGACCUCUAUGUCCUCUAUUCAAUCUGUCUCUAUGGUUAACAACACAACAUUGUCGACAGCCACUGCAAAAGUAUCUACUGAUGCAGAACAGUCUGAAACUGCUCUUAAAAAUGUCACAGAGAGCAAAGUGGAGGUCAUAAAAGACGUUAAAAAUCUUCUAAGUAAAUCCCCUAAGCCUGAGAGGAAGAAAGCAAAAUGCCCCCCUGAUUCAUCCAAAGAAGUCAAACAAAGUGUGGAUGACAGUGUUGCCGCAGCAAAUCCACAGGCUCCCAAAAAAGCAAAGAAGUCCAAAAAGUCUGCCAAACAGGAGGGGGUCACAGAGAAGCCACCAGCUCUAAAACAGGAGGAAGUCACAGAGAAGCCACCAGCUCUAAAACAGGAUGGGGUCACAGAGAAGACACCAGCUCUAAAACAGGAUGGGGUCACAGAGAAGACACCAGCUCUAAAACAGGAGGGAGUCACAGAGAAGACACCAGCUCUAAAACAGGAUGGGGUCACAGAGAAGACACCAGCUCUAAAACAGGAUGGGGUCACAGAGAAGACACCAGCUCUAAAACAGGAUGGGGUCACAGAGAAGACACCAGCUCUAAAACAGGAUGUUAACGAGACACAAGACACCGGUGAGAAAAAGGUCUCUGAGACAAAAGCCAAAGAAGUGAAGGUGAAGGAGACAAUUCAAAGGCCAAGUCGUGAUGCCUCUGUUGAUUCCAAAAAUGGUAAAUCAGACACUCCCACGAAAAGGAGGAAGAAGAAGAGAUCAAAGAGGAACAAAGAGGAGGGAGCACAGCAGACUCCUGCUGCCUCCCCGAUUGUGUCAAGGAAGGCCGUCUCUGAGAAGUCAGUUCAGAAACAGGAGGAAAUUGCGGAGGUGCAGACACAUCAAGCUGUCCAGCAGGAGCACAUUAAGGUUCACAAAGAGGAGGUGAUUAUCACGGAAAGUAAAAUUGAGCAGAGCUUCCAGCAACAGGGCACAGUCAAACAUCAAAAGCAGGUCAAGAGCUCUCAGAAAAAGAGAGGAGAAACAAGCAACCAGCCGAGUCAAGAGAAAUCAAAGGAUGAAAGUCAAGUCAUUCCAGAGGCGUCACACAGACUUGGAGAGGUAGAGAAGUUGCUGGCACAUAUCAUCGAGCUGCAGGGAACUUUAAGGAAAAUGGACUCUAAGUCUGUGAAGAUGCUGCUUAGAGAAAUCCCUGAGUGGCUGAUAGAGCCUGAGGAGAUGACUAAUCUGGAAGAUGAUGCCAAUGAAAAUGAUGAACAGGCACUCAAGGACACUGUCGCUUAUGUCAAACAUAUUGUGCAGGCAAAACUUGGAUCUCUGGAGGGUAUCCAGGCAACAGUGGAAAAGCAUCAAUCCAAGGCCACGUCUGAAAAGGGUCAAACACAGAGAAUCUCAAAGAUAACCAUUGGUUCAACUAAAGUCGAAUCAUCCAAAAAGAAAAAGUCCAGAUCUGAGAUGAAAGAGCUGAACAAAGUUGUGGUAAAAACGAUCGACCCCCGAGCACCCUCACCUUCACUGCGCAUGCGUCCUCCCUCACCCACAUUCAUCUCCAUUCAGUCCACAAAAAGAACAGACUCGCCCCAGAGAGUUGCCCCCUCACCUCCCCCAAUGUUCAGGUCAGCCACCCCACCAACACCCCCUCCUCGCAGGUCAGAGACGCCCACGUCACGCCUGAGCAGGGCCUCUCCCUCGUCCACCCUCUCCAGGUCUGACAGCCUCACCAGGCUGAGGGAGGCCACUGCCAAACUCUCCCGCGGACCAUCCCCAGAUCCAGUGCUACACCCUGUGCAGGUCAUGCCAAAGAGAGCCGAAGUUGUGGCAUCCCCGGUGUCGUUCCACCGGCAGAUCAAAAUCGAGGGGAAGACCAUGGAGCCUUUGGAGACCUCAGAGGGGGCUGACACAUUAAAUGAUACAACAUCAGUGAGAGACAAGACGGAAUUUUUUGAAGAGGCACGCAGAGCAAAGGAAAAUAAAAUGUAUGUGCGAAAGGAUCCCAUCGACAUCCCCGAACGCCUAGGCCCAGACACCGAGGAGCCCGAGACAGAGAGAGAAAAAGAGGAACUCCCCAAGGUUGACCUUUCUGGCCUCCUCAACAAAUUUGAAACUCCCAAAGAGAAGGUCUAUGUUAGAAAACACCCCAUCGACAUACCAGAGAGGCUUGGUAGUGAGACGGAAGACAUGGAGACUGACACAGAGGAACAAGCCGCUCAACAGGAAGAGAUGCCAGCGUUCGACAUCAAGGCUAUUAAAAAUGUUUUUGAAAUGAGUGAGCAAAGCCUUCCUGUCAAAGAGGAGAAAAACAAAGAGGAGGAGCUGGAUGCCGAAGUGAGAGAAAUUACAUCAGGGGCUUCAAAGGAGGAAAACUCCCAGGAGACAAAGCCCAGCUCCCCGUUGAACCUGCCUUUGCCUUCACACAAACAAGAGCUAACAGAGAAGUCAGUUGACCCAGUAGGGUUUUCCGAAACAAAAACAAUCUCGGAGCAAUACUCCGGCACUGAUGAAUUUGGCAACAAGAUAACCGGAUCAAAAACCACAACCUCGGUCUCCCAGCGCUCAGAGAGCGUUAAAGUGGCUCCGUUCGUGCCUUUCUCGUACGCCGACGCUCUGAAAAAGAAAACUUCAGAGGGCGCAAAGGCUGAGGACGAUGUCUCCACGGACGAGCUACUGAGGAACUUCCAGCAGACGUGGAGUGAGAGUGAGACCGUGUUUAAGAACCUGGGCUACAGCGUCUCAGAGGAAAAGACUUCACAGCUGACAUCACAGCAGAAGAAGACCGAUUCGAGUUCCAAAGUCAGAGCUAUGCACAGUGUGUCGAAGAAGGGUGUUUCCAAUGGAGUCUCUAAUCGCAGACAAAAAAAACUUCCAUAAAUCCUGUUUCUUCUGUGAGCACUGCAGGAGUAAAUUAAGCCUUGGCAACUACGUCUCUCUCCAUGGACAUUUGUACUGCCCCCCACACUUCAAACAGCUCUUCAAGACCAAAGGAUAUCUUGAUGAAGGAUUUGGACAAAAUGACCUUUUGGAUUUACACCACUCACAACACCAACAUCUUAGCAGAGACAGUAUUAGAAUAAUUGUCCCCAAUGAUAGACAAGAGUGGAGAUACUCUGUCUCGCAAAGCAGUGUCUGCUCGACCGAGAGAGACAGUCUCAACACCACUGACAGAGAAACAGGCAAACCAUCAGGAAAAACAAAUCCGAACAGCAGCAAAAUAUCCCUGACAUGGCCCCCAGAAAAAGAUUCCCAGAAAAAUUCUUUAUUUGUAGACCCAGACAUAAAAGUUGUCAAGCCAGACUGGCCUCCCAAAAGUGAUACACCCCCAAAGUCUCCCAAACGUCACCAAAGAAAAGCAAUCCCAAAGAGCUAGCAACACAGGCACAGAGGCUAAAUCAGCAUAUAACAGAAAUCACAAAACAAACAUAUCUGUAUCAUAAAACCAUCUUUUUAGAGGUUUUAGAGGUGCUGUAUAGAGCACGUAAACACAUAAUGAAAGCAUUACGAGGCUCAGGACUGUGGAUACCUUGUGGGAAAUGAAGGCAAAUAUGUAGAACGUGAAUACAGAGGGUACUGUGAAGGAUGCCGACCUGCCAGGGAAGGAGCAGAGUGCGAGAACAGAGGACGAUUGGAUUGAAAGUGGAUGUUUUGAUGAACACACAAGUAGCAGGUAAUGAAUGUGCUGAGAGUGCAAAGACAUGGAUUGGAAAAUGUAUGGAGGAGCCGAAGAUGGAGAGAGGGAAUCUCAUGGAAAGACUCUGAAAGGAUGUUUCAUUUCGUUUCAUAUACGACUUUUACCAGAGAGCAAAGCCCCAAUGUCUGUGCAAAAGCAUUAUCAGAAGCCCUCUUUUAGAUAGCAUCACCAGACAGCAUCAUUUUAAAUAGCUCUAAUGGACCUGUUAGUGUUUUAAAAGUUAAAGAUCCUGAAAUCAUAAUUCAUGUACUGCCAAAUGUGUUCUAUAGGUAGGGAACACAAACACAAACAUACAGCAAUUCUGUUUGAAAGAAAUGGUCACAUUCUUUGUUUACAUACCUCAUUGUUUUUUUUUUUAUCUUUACAGAUGUACAACAUUUACACACUGUAUUGAACGAUAGUCACAUUUGCUCCCAUCUUGUACAAAGGCCAUGGAGAGAGAGAGUUACAAUAGGACUAAUUUAUUAGGGUUUCACCAUUUGUCAGUAUAUAUAUUUUUUAUUCUUUGUAAGGUUGUAAUAUGUCCUGGAAAGUCUUUUCUGCAUAUCUUCAUUUUUACUUUUACAUUUUCAAGCACCUGGUGUGCAGUUGAAAGAACAAAUCAAAUAUGUUUCUUUCUUUAUCAUGUCAUAUCUAAUUGGCAUUAAUUGUCUUUCUUUUGGAUAUUUUUAAUUCUAUCCUAAACAGGAAAUAUUUUACAAGGUAUAUUUUAUCUUAGAUUAGUCUUAUAUUCUUUGUAAAAAAAAAAAUCAAAACAAAAAGACGAUUCCUGAUAUUGUCAUCUUGUCAGGCUGGUUCAACAAUAGUCUUUAUAAUUUAUUGAUUCAGCAACAAUAAAUGAUAGUAAAACC